AUGGGCCUAUUAAAGGCUUUAAGUUCUUUAAUUAAUAAUUCAGGCAAACCUGUAGACAUUCUUGUACUUGGUUUAGACAAUAGUGGAAAAACAACAAUUUUAAACCAAUUAAAACCUGCAGAAACACAAUCUACCAGUAUUACCCCAACUGUUGGUUAUAAUGUUGAAAAAUUUUCUGCCGCAGGAAUGACUUUUAGUGCUUAUGAUAUGAGUGGACAAUCACGUUAUAGAAAUUUAUGGGAAACUCAAUACAAAAAUGUUAAUGGAAUUAUUUUUGUUGUUGAUGCAAGUGAUAAAUUAAGAAUUGCUGUUGCUAGAGAUGAGCUUUGGAUGCUUUUAGACCACAAAGAUCUUACUUAUAAAAAAACUCCUCUUUUAAUUUUUGCAAACAAAUCAGAUGUUAGAGAUGCCGUUCCAGCUUCUGAAAUCCAUCUAAAUUUGGGUUUAGAUCUUAUAAGAAAUCGAAAUUGGCAUAUAGUCUCAACAUGUGCGUUAACUGGGCAGGGAUUGGUUGGAGGAAUUGAUUGGUUAGCCAACAAUAUAAAACAGCUUUUAGCGCCUAGCAAUACAUAA